UCCGCCCCCAGAGGUCCGCUGGCUGUCGUGCGUCGCAGCGCGCCUUCUUCGCCGAGCCUGGACGCCGUCGCCGCCUCCGUUUGCCCGCAGCACCAUGGCUUUCGUCACCAGGCAGUUUGUGCGCAGCGUGUCCUCUUCGUCCACAGCCUCAGCCACGGCGAAGAAAAUCGUCAUCAAGCACGUGGCGGUCAUCGGCGGCGGGCUGAUGGGCGCCGGCAUUGCCCAGGUUGCUGCAGCAACUGGCCACACAGUAGUGUUGGUGGACCAGGCAGAGGACAUCCUGGCAAAGUCCAAAAAGGGAAUUGAGGAAAGCCUUAAGAAAAUAGCCAAGAAGAAGUUUGCAGAAAACCCCCAGGCAGGCAGUGAGUUUGUGGAGAAGACCCUGAGCAACAUAUCGACCAACACGGACGCGGCGUCUGUAGUCCACAGCAUGGACCUGGUGGUGGAGGCCAUCGUGGAGAACCUGAAGGUGAAGAACGAGCUCUUCAAGAGGCUGGACAAGUUUGCCUCCGAACACACAAUUUUUGCCAGCAACACUUCCUCUUUGCAGAUCACGAGCAUAGCCAAUGCCACCACCAGGCAGGACCGCUUCGCCGGGCUCCACUUCUUCAACCCAGUGCCCAUGAUGAAGCUCGUGGAGGUCAUUAAAACUCCAAUGACCAGCCAGAAGACGUUUGAAUCUCUGCUAGACUUCAGCAAAGCCCUGGGAAAGCAUCCUGUUACUUGCAAGGACACGCCUGGGUUUAUUGUGAACCGCCUGCUGGUGCCCUACCUCAUGGAAGCAGUCCGGCUGUACGAACGAGGUGAUGCGUCCAAGGAAGACAUCGACAUCGCUAUGAAGCUGGGAGCUGGGUACCCCAUGGGCCCGUUUGAGCUUCUCGAUUAUGUUGGGCUGGACACAACGAAGUUCAUCAUGGACGGGUGGCAUGAGAUGGAUACACAGAACCCCCUGUUUCAGCCCAGCCAGUCCGUGAACAAGAUGGUAGCAGAGAAAAAGCUUGGCAAGAAGACUGGAGAAGGGUUUUAUAAAUACAAAUGAUGCGCAGCUGCUCCGGCUCCGGGAAGAGCCCCUCAAGCUCCACUAGCAGCCGCCCAAGUGCCCGCGGGAAUGCCCUGGGGUCGACCUGCUCCCUCCCACCCAGCACAGUCUGUGCGAUGUGCAUUUGAUUGUAAUCUGUCUGAAAUAAUUAUUUACAUGGAGCAGGGUUCUCUCUUGAGAACAAAUUCCCUUUUUUAGUCUAUUCAUUUCUGUGUAUUUUCUAAAAAGCUUUACACCCUCAGUGCCUUGGAGCAAACAUUUCUUUUGAACCUCAUCACUUUGAUAAAGCAUUGCCUGGAUUCGCGCACUGGUAGAGGGAAAGCACUUCCUCUGAGAGCGUGCAGGGUCAUCACUGCCACACUGGAGGGUCCUGGGCGCUGGUGCGACCGUGAUGUGUCUGUGAAGCGCUGUAGGGAGCAGUGUUGCAUCUCACCUUUGUGAGAAGGUCUGCUGCCUGCAGCUUUGAGCUUCUCCCCACAUCCUGGGUACGACAUAGUGUCCUGUCUAUCCCGCUCAUCAUCUGCUGGUCUGGCAGGAACGUCGCCACACACUUGGUUUGCAGGAAGAAGUUUCAUUCACAUCUGAAAUCUGGAUGAGUAUAGUCUCUCUCUCUUUUUCAUGAGAAAUUGUUACUGCAAACUGCCUACAGAUUGACUCUAAUAAAAUACAAUCUUUUAAUCUGUAAAAAAUUUUGAUUGAAAUAAACAUGUAUAACAUUAAA